UUUGAAAACUGCGUGUUAUGACUGCUUAAUGAUAAUAUUUACCUAAAUGGAUAUUCUGUGUAUGUGUCUGUCCGUAUUAUUCGAUCUGCCUCGCUAACCAAGCGGCAGUGAUAGCAACCGGCUCACACAAUGUUUGCCUCUCUGAAUUAGUGCGAAAUAACAUUAAUGUCUACGUCAUAUUUAUGCAGCAAAAUAUGUGCGUUUUGUGUUAUUAAGACAACCCCAUCAUUUACAGUAAUCUUUCUCAACCGUCGCUCUUAAACGUAAUGCUCAUCAAAGUUGGCUAACGGUGCUGCUAAACCCAGCAUCCCCAGAUAACGUUAGCCGAAUGAGAGCGAUGCAUGGCGGAGACUGACCUCAGAUCACCCACAGUGUCCACUGAUGGAUGACGUUUGGAUGUAAAUGUUUGCCGAGUGUAACAUCAAAUAUGGCCCGUGGGCACCAGAAGUUCCAGUCCCAGCAGAAAAAUGCCAAAAAGCAGGCGGAGAUCAAGAAGAGCAAAGGUCAUGACCAGAAGGCCGCAGCUAAGGCUGCUUUAGUAUUCACGUGCACUGUAUGUCGGACACAAAUGCCUGACCCGAAGACCUUUAAGCAGCACUUUGAAAGCAAGCAUCCAAAGUCCCCGAUGCCCCCAGAAUUGGCUGAUGUGGAGGCAUAACAGCUUCACCUCUCUUUGAUUAAGACAGUUGGAGCCGAUUCAGGACAGGCUUCUACAUUGUUGCUGAUAAAAUAUGUUAAGUAUAACUUCAGUUAUUCCUCAUUCUGAUUAACAGAUGUAUGGGUGUUUAUAUGCAGGGGUGGUACUUGCCUUCCUGUCCAAGGUAAUCUUUCCAGGUUGGAUUUAAUUUUUUUUAAACUGCUGUCACAUGUCGCAAUUUGAUGAAGGCAGACACACAACAGACAGCUACCCUCUCUUGGCUUGUGCCAAAAGUGUAUAUGUUCCAUUUUUGAUUGUAUGCAAUAUUUGCAAUGUCUGAUUAUUUCAAAAUGUGACCAGCUUGUCCAUGGGCUCUUUGCCACUACACCAUCUCAGGUCUCCCAAUGUUUCCAAACAAGCUUUGAAGGUAGUAUGAAAUGGCACUAGCUCAGUUAAACAAAGCUGAUAAUGAUAAUUGAAAGUCAUCUGCAUACAAAUCCAUUGUACUGUGAAACCCAUUAUGGAUUUUUGACUGAGACUAAUUUGUGAUGCACUACAGUUGAAGUCAUAACUGUAGUUUUAGCCAGAAUGACUUUGGAGUUCCUAGUGUGCUUGGAAAGGCACAUUUAAAACCACUAAUAUUGUGUUGUUUGAGUAGAUUCAGAUUUACUUCCAGGCGGCACUGAUCUUUUUUUUUGCCUAAAUAAUUUUUAAAAUGUCACUCAAGUCUAUCAUUGUUGUUGAUAUGAUAAAUAUGCUAAACACACUGUGCUACAAGGGUACUCAAACAGUAUGUUGUAUUUGCCCCACAGAUUUUCAUAAUGUCCAUUUUGGAACUUUCUUGUGUGUAACACAGUUGUUAGAGUUGACCAGAGAGGGCACUGCAAGUCUACUCACAGCAAAUCCUUUCACUACUCAAUUGCUUGAACUCUGCUGCUGAACAAACCAUUUAUAUGAUUAUUGAUCCUGUUAGAAGUGAUCUGUUGACUGAAGAUAAAAGUUUGCACUUGGUGGUGCACUACUCCCGCCUCUCCUUCCAGUUUUAUCAUUGUCAUAAUGUGUUACAUAAUUGUGCACAUCUGUAGUAUUUGGUAAUGAUUGAUUUUGUCACUUGCAUUUUGCAGUGUAACCUGACUCACACUGUUAUCUCUAUGGCAUAUGUGGAAACCAUGUGCAUGUGGAGUCUCGCACUCUUUAGUGUUAUUCCGUCAUGAUGGUGCACAAGUAUUUUCACACUGAACCUGCAUUAAAACUCUAAACUACUUUACACUAUAAGUUCGCUUUGGUUCUGAUCUUUAUAUUAGUUUCUUAUCAUAGCAUGCUAACAGAAGGAGAUUUAAUUUAUAGAAAUGAACUAUUUUCAAUACAUUUUGACCUAUUGGUCAUUAACCACUGACAUUGUAUCACUGUGCUAAAGUCUGGACUGACAACCAGCCAUGUUUUUACUUUUGUAAUAAUCAUAUCUUUGUGCACACAAUGUAAUGUAUAGCCUUUUAAUAAAGGUCUUACUUUUAUAUUAACCAUUA